UCCAAUAAUGGGCAAUAUGUCGGAUGUAUUAUAAAAGAUUAUAUUUGUUUUGAUAUGAAAAUUAUUGCUAUCAUAAAAUAUUGACAAGCUGCAUCAUGUUAUCGAACAGGCAGCCUUGCUCACAAGAAGCAAAAGAUGACUUCAUUAUCGGCAUGUUGGAGGUAGAAACUCGGAAGUUCACUUGACCUGUGUGUUUUAUCACACGUAAACGACAACUAGAGGUCAUCUGGAUGAUCUGGCGAUCCGCACUUCACCAUGAAUCGUCCAAAUUCUCGGCCGAAUCCGGUGGACGAUACUGGCAUUUGGCAUAUAGCCUCAAAGCUGCACCUCUACCCCCUAAUCAAUGAAACAAUCACCGAGGCAUUACCAACCGAUGGACAAGAGCAAGACCUCGCAAGCGGGGCCGGUUCUUCCCCUGACGACCGAGCUGCCGGCGGCGGCGUGGGCAUGCUGUUGUCGACGCUAGCGCGAGUCGUCUCUAACGAGGGGAACGCGGAGCGCCAAUCCACCGAUCCGGAAUCCUUCAACCGCUCCGUAGCGAGAGGCGGCGGUGGCGGCGGCCUCGACACGCUGGUGCGGUUCACCCACGUCCUGUCCGCAUCCACUCGCAUCCUGCCCGGCGGUUUUUCCGGGACGGAAAACGACGAUGACGCGACCACCGGCGAGCCGAGAGGCGUCGGCUCGUCACGACCCGGCGGCGGAAGUUUCCUCUACUUGCCGCUAGGUGGCGCGCUGAACACCGCGCUGGAGAACGCGUCGGCGGCGACAAACUUCUCAACCGCGCCGGAGUGGAACGUGACGGCGAUGAAUCUGACAUACGGCGACGACGGCGGGGUCGACGCGGGCGCCGACCUUUCGCGCGCUUCUAAGGUCGUUCUAACGAUCGUCGCCGCGCUGAUGGUGAUCUCCGGCACGCUCGGCAACACCGUCGUCGUGGCGAUCGUGUGCCGGCGUCCCGCGAUGCGCUCCGCCAUCAACCUGCUGCUCGCCUCGAUGGCGCUCUCUCACAUCCUCCUCUCCGCCGUCUGCCUGCCGCUGGCGUCGGUCGCCGUGGCGACGGGCGCGUGGCGGCUCGGGGCGACAGCGUGCGCGGCGCACGCGGCGCUGCGCACGACGCUCGCCGCCGUUGCUGUGGCGAUCCUCGUCGCGAUCAGCAUCGACCGCUACCUCAUCAUCGUGCGCCGCAAGGAGGUGCUGACGCCGCGCCGCGCGAUGGCCAUCAUCGCGUGCGCGUGGCUCCUCGCCGCUCUGCUCGCAAUCCUGCCCGCGAUCGGCGCCGCGGGGGGCUCGGCAGGGGCCGGCGGGAGCUCGGAGUGCCUGCCCGCGGGCGGCGGCUGGCCGCCGGGCGUCGGCUUCUACCUGUACCUGUACGCGUCGCUGACGUUCCUGCUGCCGUUCGUCACGAUGCUGUUCUGCUACGCGUGCAUCGUGCGCACGGUGCGGCGCAGGUUCACGCGCGUGCACGCCGCGCCGGCACCCCGCGGAGUCGUCGUCGCCGCGUCGUCCGCGCGGCAGCAACGACCGCUCGACAUGAGCUUCAAGCGGCGCGCGUUCACGACGAUCCUCGUCCUCUUCCUGCUCUUCUCCGUCUGCUGGCUGCCGUACACCGUCUGCUGCCUCGCGCACGUCACUGCGGCGACAGCGCGCGUCGUCGCGGUGAUGCUCAGCUACGGCAACGCGGCGGCGGCGCCGCUCGUCUACGCGUGCCGCAUCCACAAGUUCCAGGAGACGUGCCGCGAGCUGCUGCCACGGCGGUGGCGGCGGCACCCCCGCGGUGCUCCGCCGCCGGCGGCUGAGGGACGGCGCGUCAACCCAGCGACGGCGUACGAGAUCAAUGGCGGCUGCAAGCAGUCGGCCGUGUGA